UGUUAACUAGUAGCACUAAAUUCCUUGUGGCUCUCAGGAAAUCUAAGACCUGGAGCUUGUCUGUUUUCAUGUACAGGUGAUAGAAACUUGUGCAUGACAGGCUUAUAAGUAACUAAGUACUGGCAAUAACCUCUUGUAGUUCCAGUGUCUGAGAGAGCCAAUAACAUGCUGGCUGUUUGUGGAGAAAGCAUCACUUCAGAAUAGCUGGGUGCUGUUGUGAAUCUGUUUCAGAAUAGGUUAGAAGUGGAAGCAUACAAUUUGAGUGAUUUCUGUGGUCAGUAAUGUACUUGCUCUGGCUUGUGGAGUUGGGUUGGAAGUAGAGUAUAGACUAUUAAAAAUGCAGUAGUUAAGUUUUUGUAUCAGUGAAUGUUAAAUUGCUGUCUGUGAUAUUUGAUUCUAUGUGCAGAGGUAAAUAAUAGUGUCUUUUUCUCUUUAAUUAGAUCACCCAGAAGACACAAUGAGCGUUAAAGCUUUCAAGCUCGUUUCUGCUGUUGAGCGGGAGAUGUUAAUGGGAGACAAAAAUUACAUCAACAUCGAGUGCAUUGAGUGUUGUGGGAAGAACCUCUAUAUUGGAACCAAUGACUGCUUUAUCUAUCACUUUCUGUUGGAUGAAAAGGUAUCGACAGCUGGAAAAAUAACUUUUGCCGCCACCAAGCAACUACACAAAUACCUGGGUUUGAAGAAGCCUGUGAGUGAGUUGAAAGCAGCCUCUGCCCUCACCAGACUGCUUGUGCUUUGUGACAACACGAUAACACUAGUGAACAUGAUCAACUUGGAGCCUGUCCCCACUGGUGCUAGGAUCAAAGGAGCUGUGACAUUCACACUGAAUGAAAACCCUGUGAGUGGGGAUCCUUUCUGCGUUGAAGUUUGCAUUAUCUCGGUCAAGCGUCGGACCAUUCAAAUGUUCCUGGUGUUUGAAGACAGAGUCCAGAUAGUGAAGGAAGUGUUUACUCCAGAGCAACCCUGUGCUGUGGCUGUAGAUGGUUACUACUUAUGCCUUGCCCUUACUACACAGUAUAUAAUUUUGAAUUAUAAUACUGGCGUCUCCCAGGACCUAUUUCCUUAUUGCAGUGAUGAGAAACGGCCAAUUGUGAAAAGAAUAGGCAGACAAGAGUUUCUGUUGGCUGGCCCCGGAGGCCUAGGCAUGUUUGCUACUGUAGAUGGGAUUUCACAGCGCGCCCCGGUGCACUGGUCAGAGAACGUGCUUGGGGCAGCUUUGUGCUUUCCUUAUGUGGUUGCUCUCGAUGACGAGUUCAUCACGGUGCACAGCAUGCUGGACCAGCAGCAAAAGCAAACCCUGCCUUUUAAAGAAGGACACAUUCUACAGGACUUUGAAGGAAAGGUAAUUGUUGCUACUAACAAGGGUGUGUAUAUCUUGGUGCCACUACCUUUGGAAAAACAGAUUCAAGAUCUUCUAGCUAGCCACAGAGUGGAAGAAGCCCUUGUUCUAGCAAAAGGAGCUCGAAGGAAUAUUCCAAAAGAGAAAUUUCAGGUAAUGUACAAACGAAUCCUGCAGCAAGCAGGUUUUAUACAGUUUGCACAGCUUCAGUUCCUUGAAGCAAAAGAACUCUUCAGAAGCGGCCAGCUUGAUGUCCGGGAGCUGAUCUCUCUGUACCCCUUCCUGUUGCCUACUUCCUCUUCAUUUAUCCGGUCCCAUCCCCCUCUGCACGAGUACGCCGACCUGAACCAGCUGACCCAAGGGGACCAGGAGAAGAUGGCAAAGUGCAAGCGAUUCCUCAUGAGUUACUUGAAUGAAGUCCGCAGCACCGAGGUUGCAAAUGGCUACAAGGAGGAUAUCGACACAGCUUUACUCAAACUGUAUGCAGAGGCCAAUCAUGAAAGCCUGCUGGAUCUCUUGGUUUCAGAGAACUUCUGUCUGUUAACAGAUAGUGCUGCCUGGCUGGAAAAACACAAAAAGUAUUUUGCUCUUGGUCUCCUGUAUCACUACAAUGGUCAGGAUGCUGCAGCACUUCAGUUAUGGGUGAAAAUAGUUGAUGGAGACAUUGAAGAUUCUACACGUUCAGAUCUCUAUGAGUACAUAGUAGACUUCCUUACAUUCUGCUCAGACCAAGAGUUAGUGUGGAAGUACUCUGAAUGGAUUUUACAAAAAAAUGAGGAGGUUGGUGUACAGAUUUUCACUAAAAGGCCUUUGGAAGAACAGGAGAAAAACAACAUUAAUCCAGAUGAUAUCGUCAGUUGCCUUAACAAAUAUCCUAAAGCACGUGUCAAAUAUCUAGAACAUCUAGUACUGGAAAGAAAAAUACAGAAAGAAAAGUACCAUACUCAUCUAGCUGUCUUGUACUUGGAGGCAAUACUUCAGCUAAAAUCUGUGACCACAGAUAAUUGUACAGAAACAACUGAACUGGUGUUGAAACUUCGCAGUCUGCUUCAGAAAUCUGAUCUUUAUAGAAUUCGCUUUAUUUUAGACAAAAUCCAGGGCACAGACCUUCAUAUGGAAAGUGCAAUUUUAUAUGGGAAGCUGGAAGAACAUGAGAAGGCUUUGCAUAUCCUUGUCCAUGAGUUGAAGGACUUCCAUGCUGCUGAGGAUUACUGUGUGUGGAACUCUGAGAACAGAGACGUGCAGUACAGGCAGAGGCUUUUCCAUCUGCUGCUGUCAGUGUAUUUAACCGCAGGCACUUCGGAUUGCGCGCUCGUCAUGGCUGCUGUGGAUCUCUUGAAUAACCACCCUGCGGAAUUUGAUGCAGGUCUAGUUCUGCAGGUGGUGCCUGACAGCUGGUCAGUGCAGCUCCUCUCCCCAUUCCUGGCUGGAGCAGUGAGACAAAGCAUUCACACAAGAAGAAUGACUCAGGUGGCACUUGGCUUAGCACAAGCUGAAAACUUAAUCUACAAGCACGAGAAGGUUAAACAGAAAGGAGCCCCGAUUCUUCUUUCAGACAAAAAGGUGUGUCAGGUGUGCCAAAAUCCUUUCUGCGAGCCUGUGUUUGUAAGAUUCCCGAAUGGGAGUAUGGCCCACACGCACUGUGCUGCAAACAGACAUCUCAAUUCCAAUGUGACUCAUCACUCUCCCAGCUCCAGCAAUCAGACUUGAAAUAUUCUCACAGCUCCCAUGACUUAUACCCCAUUGAAAGUGGGCUGGAAAGAAAAAAGUGCAGCUACUUUAAGUAUAAAUCAAGAUGGACAGCUAGUUUUUGGGUUAAUGGGAAGACUUCCAGUAAAUAUGAAAUACUGCUACUUAUCUUUUUGAUUUCUAAUGAAUGUAGAUAGAAAAGAAAAUUCACUACCAGACAUGGAGAGGUGCAAAUAUGGGCUCUUCUGUGAACAGGAGUAAACACUUAAGAGAAAAGGAGCCUUUUCGUCACAGUGAGGAUGAAUGUUACAGAGUCAAGGCAAACAGUUAUUUUAAGAAUUGUCACUUUGCACUGACUGUGGUGUUGAUGAAUUUGUGGAGGGGAAGAUGGCAUCUAUUGAGUUGGAAUUCUUGAAGAGUGAUGGGACAAGAUUGGCAUUGUGCAGCUUACUAUGAAGGCAGAUGUGCAUCCAUUUUAGUGCUUGCUGCAGCAUGUGUUCUUUUGGGCUGGAUAAUCCUCCCCAGGAUCACAUUAUCAACUUCAAUUGUUUUGCUCUACAAAAUGUUGGCUUUUGAUGCACUUUUUAGUACAUCCCUUCGAUCCACUUGCUAUAUGGAAUUUAAAUGUAAGCACUGCUCUGUUAGGUUUCUGCUCCUGCAGUUACUGUAAUGUACUGAGUGGAAACCAAUAGCCUCAAUCACACAGGUGAGCUUGGAAGAAAAAAAAAAUUGUCUGGUCAGACUGUAGUCACUUUUUUAUGGGGGAAGAGGCCCUGACUUUAAUACUGAUUUAUUUAUUAAUAUGCAAAUAUGCUGUACAUACAGUUGAAUAAAUUGAUCUUAUCUAGCAUUUCUUUGGAGGAUUAAGAUGUAGCUGAUACAUAAGUGUACAGAUUAUGUGCUAAGUGUUUGCUAUAACAUAACUUAGGCAGGUUGGAACUCCACAAAAAUAGGUUUUAGUGCUUAUGGAUGACUUUGUGCAAUCAAAACCACAGAGAGAAGGUAUAAAAUUAUAAGAAAUAUAUAAAAGUGCACUACAGGGGUACUGGGUUUUUUAUAUUCUACUAAAUAUUCUGUAAACUAAAAUUUUUCAAAUAACACAAACCCCUUACUUAACUGCCCUCAUAUGUAUUCACAUUGCUAUUUAGCUAUUUUAAAGUAGUUGAUUUAAAAGAUGCAGCUUCCCCCAGGAGAGGUUAAAAUGACGACUUUAAAUAAAAGUUAAGUACUGCAAAAUGGAAGCAUCUCUUUUAAUUCUUUAAAGCUCUAAUAAACACCAGGCUUACUGACCAGCAUGCAGUUGAGUUGAUAUGGCUGCUCCCUGUUUCAGAAUUACAAAUCAGUGGAGACUUUCAGCAAAAUGGCAUGUCUGCUUGGUCCUUUCUAGAAUCACAGAAUAAGCUGGAUUGGAAGGGAUUCACUGGGAUCGUUGAGUCCAGGUCCUGGCCCCACACAGGACACCCCAGAGUCACACCAUGUGCCUCCAUGUUGUCCAGAUGCAGCCUCCUUGUACAGAAAGGCUGGCUAAAGAAGCUGCCUUCUAGUACAGUGCUGCCUCCAAGAAGAGGCAGCAAGACCUCAUCCAGGGGAAAAGGAUAUCCCUCACUUUCUCACAGAAACAUGCCAUGAUUUGGGGUGAAAGGGACCUUAAAGAUCUUCUACUCCAAACCACCUGCCACAAGCAGGCGUACCUUCCACUAAACCACGUUCUUUAAAGCCUCAUCCAGCCUGGCCUUGAACACUUCCAAGGAUGGGUUGUCCACAGCUUCCCUGAGCAACCUCUGCCUGUGCCUCACCACCCUCACAGUAAAGAAUUUCUUCCUGAUAUCUGCUCUAAACUUGCCCUCAUUCGGCUCAAGGCCAUUCCCCUUUGCAUCUGUACAGAGUCUCUCUUCAGCUCCCUUGCAGCCUCCCUUCAGGUUCUGGAAGGUGCUAGGAGGUCUUCCAAGAGUUUCUCUCCAGGCUGAACAGCCCCAGCUCUCUCAGCCUGCCUUCAUAGGAGAGGGUCCCAGCCUGUACUUGAGGUGUGGAGUACUUUGCUUUAAAGCAAAAGACCUUUGAAUCUUUCUCCUUCCUGAUUUUGAAAUCAGGAAGGUGUAACUGUUGUGUUGAAUUUUAUUUAUUUUCGAAAGCCCAAGUAAAGAUUUUGUAGUGCUUUGUACUAAAACAUGUAAGCCACAUUUAGUGAGAGGCACUUCAAAAGAAGUCAAGUGUGGGCAUUUCUGACUCAAUUCUGGCAUAAGUAGUUCUGCUGGCACUGGUAUAAGCAGAUUAUCUUGUAGUCAUGGGUUUUGAACACUGUGUAUGCAACUGGCAGUAAUUGUAUAGAAAAAUUUGUAGUCCCCUGUCCUCAAGAUACUUGCUGGUAAGAGUGGAAGUGAUUUUUACAAAGACCCUAUAAACCUUUUGUGUACACUAGCAUGCAUUUCUUAAAAAAUACUUUUUUUUUUCCCUGCCAGCAUCCUAAGUAUGGUUUUGUUUCUAUUUAGGAAGGAAGUACUAAAACAAGGACCCCUCAUGAUUUAGAGUCAUUUUAGCCACUUAGUAGUGACGAACUACUGCUGCAAUGGAAUAAAGAUCAUAUCAUUCCAGACCUCAGGAAAGUUCUUCCUCACUAUUGUAUGAAAUAGUAUGUCUAUAAAAGAUUAAACAAUUCUUUAUUAAUAGUCAAUGUCUUUUUGCAGAUACAUACUUUGGCUAAAAUGCAGCAAAACCAUACAGAACAAUUCAGAAAUCAGAACAAUGCAAGCCAGAUUUUUACAAUCAAGUGUGAUUAAUAUUUAAGUUGGGGGCAUCUAGUUCUUUUAAGCCCAGUCCCUCCAAAAUGUGGACUGGAAAAAUUGAUGUUGGGUUCAUAUGUUACCUGUUGCUUUGCUAAGUUUUAUACUAGAGCUCAUUUGAAUGAAUUAACGUGGAAAUCCCACAGUAACUAAAGGAAAAAGCAAAGAAAGCCAAUGUGAGGCUGAGGCAGAGCAAGAGCUCAGCAGGGAGAUGGCAGGUGGAUGAUGUUCUUCCUGUGUGUGCCCAGCACGUGAGCAACUGGGAUAAUUCUCAACCAGAGGAGAUGUCAGCCCACAUCAGAGUCAUGUGUGGUGUUCUGUGCUUUGUGACCAGGAAAUGGGUGAAAGGUCUGCAUUCAGAUUUAGUUAGGUGGGACAACUGAACACCCCCUGUGUAAGAGAGCUUCACUCUGGAGAACCUGAGUUCAUUCCUUCUUUUGUUUUGGCACUGUGAGUUUGCUGAUUUUUGGUUUAUGCUCCUGAAAUCCUGGGCCAGCGUUGCUACUGUGGUAAGUUAUGGCUGCAGCAGCACAGAGGGAGUGAAUGGGGAGGGAACCAGAUUCGGGUAUUGAUUGCUGACUGCAUAUGUGAAGGAGGAGAGGAAGAAAAGAGGAGUAUUUAUCUGACCAUUCUUCUAGUUUGGAAA